GGUAAACCAGUGGGGAAAAGAGAGAGGGGAGUUGUUUUGAGUUUUGUGAAUGGUUUUUUGAAGUCCAAAUGUAUCUCUGCAGUGAGUGAACCCUUUGCUGAAAAGUGAGAAGCAAAGGUCGUGAACCAGCAUGUACUGGGCGAGAGAGAGGGAGACCUCAGAUGCAGGUGGUCAUAUUCACUAUAGCCCCCAUCAGUCAUUGAGACUGAGGGAGAGGCCCUCUAAUUCAGCUGUCCAGCGCCCCCCUCAGUUCAACUGGAAUACUGACCAGCCAGAAGAGGGGGCCAAAGGCAGACCCCGGAACCUAAAAGAGCUUCCUCUACCUAUGGAGCUCAAAAAGGCCAUAAGACAAGUCCAACAGAUGAAAGUGCCAGUAAUGUCUAACUGGCAGUCAUGGAAGAUCAGCAAGUCCAAGACCAUGAAGAGGUUUCUAGAAGAAUCAAGGGAAGUUCUAGCUUAUGUCGCACCAUGGCGGAGAACUCUACACAAAAUCGGGGGGCACUUUGGCGGUGGUGUCCAGUCCUACUUCCUGUUUCUGCGCUUUCUUGUCGUGCUCAACUUUCUGUCAUUCUUGCUGAUCGCGGGGUUUGUCCUGGCCCCCAGCAUUGUCUUUCAGUCCAGUCCUGGCAACUCAGAAACUCAAAACAGCAUCGAUCGCACGGAAUGCAUGAUCUACAGUCCUGAGCCUCAGAGCCUCUCAGUCUUUUACCAAUAUUUUCUUGACCUGCUCACUGGAAUGGGAUUUAUGGAGUACUCGUACCUUUUUUAUGGUUUCUAUAACAAUACGGAGAUGAUGAACACACAGGUCUCCUACAACAUUCCCGUGGCAUACCUGCUAACUACAGCUUUCUACUUCAUCUUCUGCUUGAUCUGCAUAGUCCUCCGGAUGGGGGCCGUAAUCCGUGAUGUCGUGAAAACGGGCGGAGGGGCAGUGGGGGGAUACAGUACGCUAGUCUUCACAGCCUGGGAUUACGGUCUCCAAGGUAACCGAGCCACCAACUUGAAACAGAACAACAUCCGUUACCAGUUACAGAUGGACCUGGAGGAGGAGCGCAUCAGGAAGGUGGCUGCAUCCCUGACAAUGGCACAAACCAUGGGCCUGUACUCGCUGCGUGCCGUCCUCAACCUCGUGGUCUUCGGGCUGAUUGGUGGAGCGUUCUACGCCAUAUUCAAGGCUACCCAGUUUAGCCAGAGCCAGACAGGGGACAACUUUCUGCACCUAAUUGUGCAGUACCUGCCCUCUAUUGUCAUAACGGCAGCAAACUUCCUGGUGCCGUUCCUGUGUGACAAGAUAGCUCUACUGGAGAAACACUCUCCCAGCACCACAGUCAUCCUGGCGCUCUUACGGGCAGUGUUUCUGCGGCUGGUCAGCCUGGGCGUGCUGCUCUUUACUCUGUGGAGCGGGAUCACCUGUAACGGAGUCACUGAAAACACGGCCUGCUCGGUUUGCCAGUAUAACCACAAGCAAUACCAGUGUUGGGAGACUCGAGUGGGACAGGAGAUGUACAAACUGGCCGUCUUUGACUUUAUCACCGUCAUCGCUGUGAUGAUUUUGGUGGAGUUUCCGCGCAGGAUGCUGGUGGAUCACUGCCCCUGCAAGCUGGCCCAGUUUGUGGGGCGACAGGAGUUUGUCGUUCCCCAAAAUGUUCUGGGUCUGGUCUAUGGCCAGACAGUGGUGUGGACCGGCGCCCUCUUCUGUCCACUCCUGCCAGCCAUCAACACCAUAAAGUUCAUAAUCAUCUUUUACUGCAGAAAGAUUACACUUUUUCAAAAUUGCCGCCCGGCAGAUCGGACCUUCCGUUCCAACAGCUCCAACUUCUUCUUUCUCCUGGUGCUCCUUCUGGGCUGGAGUCUCGCCACGGUGGCACUGAUCUACGCUGCGGUGAUGAUUCAUCCUUCCAUGAGCUGUGGUCCGUUCCGCUUUCUCUCCAUGAUGUGGAGUGUUGUUCCUGAUUCCUUGCAGACACUCUCAAACUCCAGCAGAGAUUUUUUGUACUUCAUGGGCUCACAGGCAUUCUGCAUUCCCCUCUUUGUCUCGCUGUGUGUAGUCUUGUGCUACAUAGCUGCUCUGGCCUCAGUUUAUGGAAAGACUGUGUCCCUGCUUCGAUCACAGCUUAAAAUGGAGGGACGUGAUAAGCAGUUCUUGGUCAAGAAGAUAAAGGAACUCAACAGCGCUAACAGAAGAAACUGUGAGGCCUGGAAUCCAACGAGCAGAGACUCAUUUGGAACAAAGUGAGAGGAACAUCUCAUGGAGAUACUCUUCAAGACACAACAAUUAAUGCAACAUUUUAUUCUUUUAACAGACCAUUAGUUUUACAUCAUGUUCAGUAAGUGUUUUUUUUAAUAUAUGAACUAUUGAUCUGGUAUUUAAUGUUUUAUUGUUAAAUGUGUCAUAAUUUAAACAAUAGUCAUGUCCAAGGUAUGCUGGACAUUGUUUUGUGGAUCUCUGUCAUUUAUGGUGGCCAAAGAAAAUCUCUGAUUAUUUCGGAAAAAUCUGUAUUUCUGAUUUUUUGACUAACAUGUAGUCUGCCCAUAAAUGACAAUGAAGUUUAUUAAGAAAUGUUUGAAAAUCAAAAAAAUGAAUCUUUGAAUUUAGCAGCUGCUGGACUCUUGUCUUUCACUCAGAUGUUUUCUUCUUGUACCAGUUCCUGAAGCCCACACUUUAGCCUGGGGGGUUUUCCUUCAUAAAACCACAUCAGUUAAUAGAUAUUUAGGUCUGUCUUUGGGCUUCAAGGAGUCACCUGUGACCAGCGUCCCGGGUUUGACUGAAACAAGGGCGUUGGAGAGAGUUUGAUACUGGGGGAGACAACACUCCAUAAAUAAAAUGCAAAGGUCAUUUUAUUUGGGGGAGGGCAACUGAAGACAAAUUAAAUGUUGAGGGAUAUAUGACCCCCCCCCCCCAUUACUACACCCCUGAAUUGUAGUCCAAGUGUCUUGCUGAAGGUCCAGCAUCAGCAUCACUCUACCAAACAGGGAAUUUGGACCAAUUGGUGGAGCACGAGGUAGGGGGAGCAGGGGAAUCUAUCAACUAGCUAACUUUGUACAGUACUAAUGCAAUUAGUAACAUCAGUCACACUAGAAAAUGCUACCAAAUAAACCACUAUUUAUUCAUAAUACUGUGAUUAUAAUAUUUAUUUUUCUGGUUUGUGUGAAAUCGUUAAGAAUAUUAAAGCCAGUCUGCGUACCACCAAGCUGAACUGGUGUAGUCUUGACUCUUGGUUGACAGUGCUGGGGAAUUGAUGCUCGAGAACCAGAUUAACACAAAUAGAUGAAAAAAGGUCUGAACCAUCAGGUGCCCAGUUGAUAAAAAAGAGGAAAUAAUAGGAGAAACAUGCAAAAGAUAAAUGUAUACAACUAUUUAACAGUCAUUGCAUUAUUUAAGCGUCAUUGCAUUGUGAAUGUGGGGGACACACUGGCAUAAAACUAAUAUUUUAUGUUAAAUGUGGGGGGGUCCAAAUGAAUAAUUAUGAAAUGUGAGGGGGACACGUCCCCCUCAAAUUUAAUGGCGGUGACGCCCAUGCUAUUUAAUCUCUUUAUGAGUAUAAUAUUGUGCAUGUAAUGAAAUAGGCCAGUGUAACACUGAGCAUGUUUGUUAGCCAAUAGGGUGACAUUGUAAUAAUUCUAAUCUCUUAUUUUUUUAAUAAAUGUAUUUACUACAAUUAA